CGUACGUAAGUCGAUGCUUGAUGGCCGAAUAAUCGCUGCUUUGUGUUAAUGUAAGGGAGCAAGAAGAGCGUGUACAUUCGACGGUAAAGGAAUGACAGUACUGAAUACUCACAACGGGGUUCUUAACUUUCUGCUUCGCCGGGCGAAGUUUUGUAGUCAUAGGAGAACUUUUUCUUCACUCGACAAAAGAACGAUCAGAUCUUCUCACACAAACAGCACAAAUGGAAUUGCUUUUCGAUCCGAAUUGAAAAGAAAAGCAAAAAGGGUUGUGGUUAAGCUUGGAUCAGCUGUUAUCACUAGAGAUGACGAAUGCGGUGUUGCUCUCGGAAGACUUGCCUCUAUCGUUGAACAAGUGUCUGAGUUACAGAAUAGUGGAAGGCAAAUGCUUCUGGUCACAAGUGCUGCUGUAGCUUUUGGCAAACAAAAACUUAGACAUGAGAUACUUCUCUCCCAGAGUGUACGUCAAACACUCAAGCCACAAGAUGUCCUGAAGUCAAGGCCUUACAUUGAACCAAGAGCAUGUGCUGCUGUAGGACAGGGAGGAUUGUUAUCACUCUAUGAAGCUAUGUUUCAGCAGUAUAGCCUGACAUGCGGACAG